AAUUUCAAUAUUAGAUGACAUAACCUAAAAAACAAACAGUUUUAAAAAAUGCAUGAACGAUUUAGUGUUUUAUUGUUUACCCACAAAAUCACAAUAAAUGAAUUCAUUCUUUUACAAAUUUCCCCCACAAUUGUUUUUAAAAUAUCGGAGCAUAUUUCGCAAAGGCGCAGGCGUCAAUAUUUAUUUUGAAAUAACUGAUUCAUACACUCCUUGUUUUCUCUCUCAAUUACGGUAAAAUUUGUGUAACAACAGUCCGCAUUUGCAGAAAAGAAAAACAAAUCCAAAAAGUGAAAAUAAAAGAGAAAGGACAACAAGAAAAUAAAGAAAGAAAGAAAUCAAGAAAUUACCAAUAGACAGUAGUUAGUCAGUUGUAGUAUUUAGUUCUUUAAGAAACGUUGUUUAUUUCUAAAAAAUAAUUUCUUGUUUUUUGCCUAUAAUUAAAUAAACGUUUUUUGCAUUGCCUUCAAGAAAAAAAUGAAAACAAUUAAAUAUAUUUUUUUCAACAAAUUAUUUAAAUAAAAUAGUUAAAAUUUAAUAAAUCUUUUAGUAACUUUAAAAAUUCUCUAGAGCUUUAAUUAAGAAGAGACAAGACAGCAAAAGUUUCCGCCUUACUACAAUAUUUUUUGCAUUGUCCUUUAGCAAAUAAAAAAAAACUACACACAGACAUACAUACAUAUACACAAUAUCUACAAGUUUUAAACUCUUUUUGGAUAAUAAAAAAAGAAGUAUCUUUGGAAUGUUAUACAUACAUAUGUAUAUGUAAAUAUAUAAAGAAAAAUGAUGAAAUACUAUUACUAAUCAUCAAAAUAAGAACAUUUUUUAUAGUAAUUUAUUCGAUAUAGAUUUUUUAAAGAAAGUCAAAGUCAUUAUCAGCAGCCAUAUAAAAGGAUAUAAUUGUUUUUUUGCCUUGCAACAAAAACAUGUAUUAUACAACUACAACAGCAUAAACAAAAUCAUUAACAGCAGCAGCAAUUAAAAAGCCAGCAACAGUGUAAAUUUUGAUUAAACAACCCUAAUUGGGAAAAACAACAGAGAGCGACAGACAGACAGUCAGACUGUCAAAUAAAAUAAUCCAAAACAAAAAAAAUCACAACAAAUUAAAAACCACAAAUGCAAGGAUAAAUAGAACGACAACAAAAACAAAUUACAACUAAGCCCACCACCACCAGAGCUACUUAAAGGAAACAAAAAAUAUUCAAAAAUUUAUAUUAGAAAUACUUCAUAUUUAAAUAAAUACCACAACUACUAAUCUAUAUCCAUAAUAUCAAGACUUUACCCCAAAAAAAUAAUGGCCUCUGAAAUUGGCUUUUGGUUAUUUUGCUGUUUGGCUACAAUUUUAUUAUUAUAUUGUUUAUUUGAAUUACAUUACUUCCUACGUAUGUGCCUGUGUGUCCUGCUGGCCCGUUUUGUCAAAAGGAAAUGUCAUAUUUUAGAAACAACAACUGUUUCCGGUAUUUGUUUAACCAAUGACAUCGAUACGCUGCUGUAUCACAUGAACAACGCUCGGUAUUUUCGAGAAUUGGAUUUUGCAAGAGUAGAUUUUUAUGAACGCACUAAUUUAUAUCGUACAAUUCUCGCUAAAGGAGGUUCAGUAUUUCAGGGGGCUGCCACAAUACGUUACCGACGUUUUAUACGACCAUUUCAUAGAUUUAAAAUUUUAUCAAGGAUCAUUUACUGGGACGACCAAUCCGUCUAUAUGGAACAUCGUUUUAUCCGGCCAUCCGAUCAAUUCAUCCACUGCAUAGCCAUUUGCCGUCAACGCAUUAUAGACUGUUCAGCCGAUGAUGUUAUGGCCGAAUUAUUAUCACCCAAGACGGCUGAAUUGCAGGCCUCACGUAACACACUCAGUUCUACCGUAACAUUAGAUCAUGCUAUCAGCAGUACAAAUGUCGAUCAAAAUAUGGCAGAAAAUGGACAAGUGCGUACGAAGUUAAAACCCGAUUUACCAGUAGAAAUACAAAAAUGGAUAGAAUAUAAUGAUUUAUCUAGUAAAAAUUUAAGACAACACUGCUGAUAGAAAGAAUUUUACUUAAAAAUGUGAUUUUGUUUUUAAUUUUAGUUUAAAUUUAGUUUAGGUUCAUCUUUUUCUAAUUAAAAACAAUUUUUGUUAUUAGUGUAUGAAAAAUAUAUUGUAAUGAUAAUGUAUGUAAUAUAUAGAUGAAAUUGUUUAUACUUGGGUAAAUAAUUUUCAGUAUUUUUGAAAUGUCGUCCAAAAUGUCUUGAGCAAACCUUUUUAAUAAUAAUCCUCUAAAGAAUUUGAUGAACUAUAUUGUAUUGUGUCGUUAUUGCAAUCCCGAGAAGAGGUACUAUCAGUGACUCUAGUCUGCCGAUACUAUAAACUGGUGAUGAUCAUGAGUAACUUCGGUCUUUCCUUGAAAUGAUUUGACAUGAAGCCGAACCAGAUAACCACACUAUCUGGUACCACGGAUUUUGUCUUCUCCCAGUUAUUAACAGGUGCUGGAAGAGAAUGUCGUUUAAAAGUGCUAAUACACGGUAAAGUUAUACUGGAUAAAUGUGAAAGUGUGUUCUCUGAAGGUAAAUAUUCUCGACUUAUGUAUAUGAUGGAUACAUGUUUAGGUGCUUCUCUA